GACCUUAGUGUGCGACAAAGAGAAUGACCUCUGGAUGGUAUCAUUUGCUAGCUCGCCAACUUAGCUCCUGCAAUUAAAGUCUCGUUGUUGCUCUCCGUUUUGGCUAGCAAGGCAGUUUGUGAUUUGAUAGCAAGCUAGCUAGCUUGCUAUCUCGUUAGCGAAGUUCAGGAGUUGAAGGGAGUUGAAAGGAGCUGCUAACCAGGCAGAUAGACUAGUGCUUAACAUUAGCUGUUUUUUCUGUGAAAUGGACCAGAGCAAGCAGCAAGAAGAGGACUUUGGCUACAACCUGUUCCCGGACAGGCAUACGAGGAAAUUCAAAAAAGGAUCAGUCUCUGAAAGCUUAUUUACUUUCAAUCAUAAAUGUCAAGUCAUGUUGCACUUUGCACUGGAAACAAGUCCUUAUGCAAAACUCCUUCUUGGUGCAAUGAAACAGUCAGGAUGCACUGUUUAUAAAGAUCGUCAUUUUUCGUGUGAAGACUGUGAUGGAAUUGUCAGUGGUGGUUUCGAUGCAACAUCAUCCCAGAUUGUGUUGUGCCAGAAUAACAUUCACCAGCAGUCCCACAUGAACAGGGUAGUCACCCAUGAACUUAUCCACGCCUUUGACCACUGCAGAGCACAUGUUGACUGGUUUAAUAAUUUCAAGCACUUGGCCUGUUCAGAGAUUCGAGCCGCCAACCUCAGUGGAGACUGUUCCUUCGGCAACGAAGCGGCCAGGUUUAACUUCGGCCUCAAGCAGCAUCACCAGGCCUGCGUGAGGGACCGGGCCUUGCGCUCCAUCCUGGCCGUGCGGAAGGUCACCCAAGAGGAGGCGGAGAAGGUGGUGGACGAGGUUUUCGACAGCUGCUUCAACGACCACGCCCCCUUCGGCAGAAUCCCGCACAGCAAAAAGGAUGCGAACUUCGCGUACAGGGAAUUCCAGAACCGGGACCGGUACUUUGCCAACCUAUGAGGGAGAAAUUUUAUAUGCACACGCACGCGUUUCAAAGGUGCUAUCUGCAACAAACAUUUCAGAACUCAUUGUGGUGUGGAGGACCUCCACCACAACAUCCAUCCACACUUCUACGUCCUAAAUGUGUCUAAAACGAACAUUCUCAGGGGAGGGGAAAACAGUACAUUAUCAUGUGAUACACCUGCUGAAGAGAAUUUGUCAUUUUUAUUUGCAAACAGUUUAAAUGUAAUAAAACUGAGAAGAAAUACAUUUUAAUGGCAUAAUUAUUGUAAGAAGGGCCACGUUUUUCAGUUAACUUAUCUUGGAUUUUGUAUCGCGUUUGUCUCACUGCGUGAAAUUUCAUAAAGCCCUGUCUUGAAGAA